UGAUUCUCGAUCUGGCUCACAAAGUAUACUCUCGUGGAUGUGGUCUAUUCUGCGUUUAAUUUGUUUUUCGAAAAUAUGUACAAUCGUAUGGCAACGCUUCUAAUUUCGUCAGUACAACGGGAAUCAAGAAAACUUAGAUAAAUGAAAAUGUCCUUCAAUUUAUGUCGGAUAGUUAGUAAAGAUAUAAAAUGCUUCAACGUGUCCUACAAACGUUAUUUCUUAGGAAUAUCAAACAAACAAGAAAAUGAAGAAGACACUGAGUCUACUAACUUUGUUGAUGAUAAAAUAGAAACUCCGAAAAUUAACCGCAAUAAGUCCGGUCUGACGACAGCUGAUUGGAAUAGACUUCAUAAUCGUCGCCCUUACAAUGUAGCACAAUCUUGGGUUCAUUUAACCGAAAAAUAUAAGCGCAAAAUGUUUGGGCAAUACGGAUUUGAGAGCAAUAUAAAUCCUCGGAUAUGUUUCCCUACAAAACUAGAUAUUGAGGCAAAACUGCGGUACGAUAGCGUUGCAGAAUCACAUAUGUUAAUAGACAUGAUGAAUGCAGCUAAGGAAGAAAGAGAAAGGCAAAGAGCAAAGGUUUUGAAGAGGGACGAAGAGAUUAACAACAAAAUGAAAAAAUUAGAUCAAUGGAAGCAAGAUUUGCAAAAUAAAAUUGACAAAAAGGAAGCAGAAGUUCUGGCUAUAAAACAACGCAAAGAACGCUUGAUUGAGGAAGUGCGACAUCAUUUUGGCUUUAAGAUUGAUCCCCGCGACGAACGCUUCAAAAUAGUUUUGGAGCAAAAGGAAAAAGAGGAAAAGAAAAAAAUGAAGGAAGGCAAAAGACAAGCAAAGGAACAAAAGUUAAUGUCAAAAUUGAUUUCCACAACAAGCCAGAAAUAAUUUUAUUCAUAUUUCACAAUAAUUACAAUAAAAAUCAUGAAAUUGCUAACUUGCUAACACAAAAA